CCUGCAGAAAAAUGCCGACCAGGUGGAAAAAAACAUCGUGGAGACAGAUUCCCGAAUGCAAAAUGACUUGCACAAGAUCAAGGCAUGCCAGCUCGCCCAGUACAAGGAUCUGACGGCUCAGAAGCUCACUGAGUCCGACAAGCUGCUCUACGUGCUGGAUGGGGAUGCAGCGGUCGCCCGGCACAUGAAGCACCCCCAGGGUGACAUGAUCACAGAAGACAUCCGGCAGCUGAAGGAACGAGUGGCAAACUUGCGCGUGAAACAUGAGCAGAUCUACAACUUCCCCCUGCAGCAUAUUGAGCCCCAGGUCAACUGGUCAACAGUGAUUGAGGAGAAACAGGAAGCGCUAAGCAGCAAGGGCUUUGGGACCGACCUGCCGCUGGUCAACAGCCAAGUAGAAGAGCACAACAUCUUCCACAAUGAGGUCAUGGCCAUCGGCCCACACAUCACCAAGGAAGGCAAUAAGGAAUACACGAGCGACUUCCAAGCCAAAUAUCAGAAGCUGCUGGCCGGCUCCCAGCAGCGGCAGCAGGAUCUGAAUUCCCUGCAGGACUACAUGCAGCGCUGCACCAACAAGCUCUACUGGCUGGAUCAGCAGGCGAAGGACAGGACCCAUUACGACUGGAGCGACCACAACCUGGACUACCCCAGCCGGCGCCGCCAGUACGAGAACUUCAUCCAUCGGAAGCUGGAGGAGAAGGAGGAGGCCAUCAACAAGCUGCAUGCAGAUGGAGAUCAGCUGCUCGCCCAGAACCACCCUGGGAAGAACGCCAUCGAGGCUCACAUCGAGGCGGUGCACGCCGACUGGAAGGAGUACCUCAACCUGCUGAUCUGCGAGGAGAGCCACCUGAAGUUCAUGGAGGACUUUCACAAGUUUCAGAAAGACGCUAAGGAUGCCCAGGAGCUCUUGAAGAAGGUGGACACAGACCUGGACCAAAAAUUUAGCCCGGAGUUCAAGGACAGAUACCAGCUCGAGUCUCUCCUCCGGGAGCUGGACGACCAGGAGAAGGCCUUGGACAAGUAUGAGGCGGUGGUGAAGUCCCUGCAGGAGCGCAGCCAGCACACGCUUCCCAACGCGCCGCUGUGACCGGUUCCUGUCCCCCAGGGCCAGAUCAGCCGAGGAGCCCACUACACCCUGGAGAAGAACAGCGGAGAUGUUUGGGAAGUGGCAGACAGCUCAGGAGACAAGAUCAGCGCCCCGGGGGUCUGCUUCAUGAUCCCCCCGCCCGACGCAGAAGCCAUAGCACUGGCAGACCAAAUUGCCGACCACUAUGUGGCCGUGAAGGAGAAGACGGCCAACUGCAAGAACACCAUCCAGCAGCGCUACGAGGGGCUGAAGGCUGACAGCAUCGGAGAUGCUGCAUCCAUUCAGGGGCGCCAGCUUCUGGCAGGAUUGGAGAAAGUGAACAGUGACCUGGACAAGCAGGAGAAAGCAAUAACGGCAAACCUCCGCCCGCCGCUGGAGCAGAGUCGAGCUGUGCAGGACAGCACCGAGCGCUCCAAGGACCUGAAGAACAUCACCAACGAGGUCCGUCGCAUUGAACCCGAGAAAACGAGGAAGAUCCAGGAAUGUGAGGUCUUCAUCAAAUCCGUACCGAACACCGGCAGCGCCACCUUGGUGAAGAACAAGGUGGAGAAUACCAACAAGAAGUACGACCGCGUGGUCCAGCUGCUCAGCGCAGCCCAAGAGAAAGUUGAGGUGGCCACACACCUCGAGAGGAGCCUCCAGCAAGGCCGAGACCUGCUGUCUACCUAUGAGAACAAACUGGUCAUAGAUGACACGGUACCAGAGGAUUUGCGGGUGGUAGACCGUAAGAAGGAAGAGCUGCUGGCCAUGGGCACCGAGCUCCAAUCCAAGAGGUUCCUGCUCAGUGAAGCAGAGCAGAACUUGCUAAGGGCGAAGACCUGCUCCAACACCCUGGCCAGCAAGUUCCAGGAGCACUGCCCCGACAUCGAACGGCAAGAAGCCGAGCUCUACAAACUCAACCAGCGCUUCAACAACCUCAGCAAGCAAAUCGACCACAGAACGCAGACCCUGCAGAAAGCAAAGAGUGCCUAUUCUAACUACCGCACCCACUACGACAACGUCAACCAGUUCCUGUGCAACAUCCCUAACUACGAGCCGCAGGAGACCGACAAUGUCCAGCAAGUGGAAAUGAAGCUGAAGAACCAAGCGGUGCUCCUCGGUGACAUUGCAAGCAAGGAACAGGAGGUGCAGAAGGUCUCCGCCACAGCUCAGCAAUACCAGCAGGCAGUGAAGGACUAUGAGUUGGAAGCAGAGAAGCUACGGUCCAUCCUCGACCUAGAGAACGGCCGGAAUGGGUACACGAGCAAGAAGCCCAGGCUCCAGUCUCCAGCCGCGAAAGUGAAAGAGGAGGAAGCUGUUCUGGCAGCCAAGUUCACCGAAGUCAAUGCUGUGAAUAAACAGAGGCUGCAGAAUCUGGAGUUCGCUCAGAGCCUCCUGCGGCAGCAACCAGAGGUUCAAGUGACACAAGACUUUGUCCAGACCAAAAAAUCCGUAAGGCCCGUGGAAGAAGUCUGGAAGUUGAAGAAAGAACUUGAGGAUGAGACGCAGCGCCGGCAACAGCUCGAAGCGGAGAUCAAAGCCAUUCAGAACAACAUUGUCCACCUGCAAAACCAGAAGCCCCAGGAAACUGUUGUUAAGAAAGAACUGCUGAAGAAAGUGCCUGACCCUCAGCUGGAAGAGAGCUUCCACAAACUGCAGCAGAACCUGGCAGAAGAGCAGCGCAAGAACCAGGUGCUCCAGGAGGAGCUGGAGGCUCUUAAAAUCAGGCUGCGCGUUUUGGAGCACGAGAAGAGGGAAGGAGGGCAGGAGUAUAUAGUGAAAGAGGUACUGCGUAUUGAACAAGACAAGGCUCAAGCUGAUGAAAUCCUGAAGCUCAAAGAAGAAUUGGAAGAGCUCAGGAGGCAAGAAGGAACCAGGGAGAAUGAAGUCCUCAUUUUACGCGAACAAAUUGCUGUGCUGUCCAGUGAGAAGAACAAAGAGCAGGAGAAGGUAACGGAGAAGGAGGUGUUGAAGCUGCAGAACGAUCCCCAGCUGGAGAUGGAAUUCCGGAUGUUGCAAGAGAACAAGCAGAGGGAGAGCGCCCUUCGGCAGAAGCACGAGGAAGAGCUCAGCUUCCUCCAGGACAAGCUCAAACGUCUUGAGAAAGAACGGGCCAUCGCAGAGGGCAAAAUUACCGUCAAGGAGGUGCUGAAGGUAGAGAAGGACUUAGCCAUUGAGAGAGAGGUGAAUGAGCUCCGGCGCCAGUACGAAGAUGAGAAGUCCAAGGGUCGUUCCAACGAGCGGGAAAAGGCUGAGCUGCUCAGGAAGAUCCAGCUGCUGGAGGAAGAGAACGCCAAGGUGGUUGUCCAGGAGAAAGUGCGUGAGAUUGUGCGCCCAGAUCCCAAGGCUGAAAAUGAAGUUGCCAACCUUCGUUUGGAGCUGGUCGAGCAGGAGAGGAGAUACCGAGGUGGUGACGAACAGCUGAAGAGCUGCCAGAACGAGUUGGCUGCUCUGAGGAACAGGGGGCCACUGGUAGAAGUCAAAGAAGUCAUUAAGGAGGUCAUUAAGUACAAGAACGAUCCAGAAACCGAAAAGGAGCUACAGCGACUCCGGGAGGAAAUCAUAGAGAGGACCGCAGCAAUCGAAAGAGCUGACCUUGAGAUCUACCAGCUGAAACAAGAGAUACAAGCUUUGAAAGACACCAAACCUCAAGUGCAUACAAAGGAAGUUGUUCAAGAGAUUCUGCAGUUUCGGGAAGACCCCAAGACUAGAGAGGAGGUAGAGUCUCUGAGAGUGCAGCUAGCAGAGGAACAGAUGAAACACGUUGACCUGGAGAGGGAGCGGCUACUCCAAGAAGAGAAAGUAAGACAGAAGGAGGAAGAACUUUCCCAGGUGAAGGAGAAAGUGGUCCAACAGGAAGUAGUGAAGUACGAGCAAGAUCCUGCCUUGAAAGCUGAGGUCAGCUCCUUCUCUCAGAGCAUCGAGAGCGAGCUGAAGCAAAUCGAUUGCCUCCGUGAAGAACUCCGCAAGCUGCAGCGGCGGCGGUCUGAGCUCGAGCGUCAGCUCGAGGAACUUGAGAAAGAGAGACAGGCCCGCAGGGAGGCUGAACUGGAGGUGCAGAGGCUGAAGAUUAGGUUGAAUGAGUUGGAGGAGCAGGAGAGGGAGACAACAGAACGAGUGACCGUGAAACAGAAAGUGAUCCUUCAGCAAGAUCCCCAGCAAGAGAAGGAGCACUCCCUCCUCAAGCUGGAGCUAGAAGAAGAGAAGCACCGGAGACAAGUCUUGCAAACUGAACUAGAAGCCCUGAGAAAGAAGCUCCUUUCUUUGGAGAAGAUGGAGGUCAAAGAGAAAGUGGUCUUUUCAGAGAGCGUCCAAGUGGACAAAGGAGACACGGAGUAUGAGAUUCAAAAGCUGAAGAGCAAUCUGGAAGAAGAAAGUAGGCGUAAGAGGGAGCUGGAUGCAGAUAUCAACCGCCUCGAAACCAGGCUGUCCGAGGUGGAAUUCAACAACUCCAAGUCAUCAAAGGAGCUAGACUUGUUAAGGGAGGAAAACCACAAACUACACCUUGAGAAACAGAACCUGCUGAUGGAAACAAGGAGACUGCAGUCAGAGAUUGAACUCACAGCAACAGAAGCUCGGGAUUUGAGAAACAUGACCCACGUGGACAGUGGAAUAAACCUGGACUCCAGAUUCCAAGCUUUGGAAAGAGAGUUAGAUGAUCUGAAGCAGUUAUCCAGAGAAAAAGACGCAGAGAUAGAGCAACUCCAGAACCGCCUCAAGACAGUGGCUAUCAAGAGGGAACAAAGAGAGAACCACCUGAGGCGCUCCAUUGUGGUCAUUGACCCCGAUACAGGAAAAGAAAUGUCUCCAGAGGAAGCUCAUGUGUUUGGCCUCAUUGAAUGGAGCCUGUUUGUCAAACUGAAGAGUCAGGAAUGUGACUGGGAGGAGAUCUCAAUAAAGGGUCCCAACGGGGAAUCGUCCGUGAUCCUCGACAGAAAGUCUGGUAGAAAGUUCUCAAUUGAGGAUGCCCUGAAGAGUGGAAGGCUAACCAUGGCUCAGUACAACUGUUACCUCAACAAGGAGAUGUCGAUCCAGGAGUUGGCAGUCUUGGUGUCUGGAAGUAAUUACACAGCGCUCCCUCCACUUUAGAAAUUUUUUUUCUUAAGAGCAGCCAGUCAGAGCUGCACCACUUGUUAGACUACCAGAUCACUGCAAACCCUUGCCCUCCUCUGCGUCUUCCAAAACGCUACAGCCUCUGCCCCAGCCAUGCUACGAAGCCACACUGCUUGCUGCCAUGCACUGCAGGAAAGCACCACCAGUAGUGGAAAACACAUUUGUCAAGACUACAGCAAAACCUUCUCCCCCUCUUCACCCCUACCUAGUCACUCCUAACCUAACAAAACCCAAGACAAAACGCCUUAGGACAGUGAAGUACCUGAAGUCCAAAGACCCAGUAGAACCUGCAGUUUCCUCAACAUAUACUCACGU